AUGAAGGUCUCAAUAUCAACCCCACUCUUUGGCAUCCCAUUAUGGGCUUUGCUGCUGCUAGUUUCAAUACUAGCAUUCAUUGUUGUGACAUGCGUCAUCUUGUGCUUUAACUUCAUUUACUAUCCUCUUCAAAAAUCAUGCAAACCUCGCUUUUCUUUACCUAAAUCAAUAGCAUGCAAGAACAACAAUGGUGAUUUUAGCUCUUCCUCUCUUGACAAGAGGUUACUAUCAGUGUCAGGAAAUGUCUCAGAACACAUCAUGAACUUUGAGAGGUUGUCAUCAGGUUAUUACAAUCAUGAUGAGUUGGUCCUCAUUGACCAGUUUUAUCCGAUGGCAUAUGGCAUUGCAAAUGAUCGAUAUUUUGAAGGUUUGGGAUCAAGAGGUAAAUUAUGUUCCAUAGUCAAUGAUAAGAGUAAGGGGUGGUGCUUUAGCCUUAAGGAGAUACAGGAUGCUACUAAUGGAUUUGCAAAAGAAAAUGAGGUUGGACGUGGAGAUAAUGGAAUUGUUUAUCUUGGUUUGUUGCCAAGUAAUAGACAGGUGGUUGUGAAGAGACUAGUGUGUGACAGUGGCCAACCUGAGGAACUUUUUGCAUCCCAAAUGGAAGCAAUAGGACGUGCAAAGCACAAUAACCUGGUCAAAUUACUUGGAUAUUGUGCUGAGGGUGCUUACAGGAUGUCAGUAUCUGAAUAUGUAGCUCAUGAAAGUCUGCAUCACUGGCUUCAUGAAAUUCCUGAAGCACAAAUCACCCCUCUGACAUGGGAUAUAAGAAAGAACAUAAUCCAUGGUGUGGCAAAAGGACUGGCAUACCUUCAUGAUGAAGUUAAACCAAAGAUUAUCCACGGCAGCAUAAAAUCUAGAAACAUUUUGCUGGACCACAACUGGAAUUCAAAAAUAUCUGAUUUUGGUCUUGUUAAGGUUCUCAGUCCCAAAAGGAGUAACGUUGUACUGGAAGUGGAUGCAUUGGGUAACGAAACUCCAGAUUGUCAUUCAAGUACUACCUUAACUGAGGGUAAUGACAUUUAUGAUUUUGGAUUACUUAUUAUGGAGAUUGUAUCAGGAAGAAUCCCUUCAUAUCACAGUCAGACAGAGACUCAUAUGGUGGACUGGUUCAAAUCAAUGAUUUCCAGUGGAAAGAUUGAGAAUGUGAUGGAUCCAAAAUUGAUUAAAAUGCCUUCUUCCAAGGUACUUAAAGAGGUUGCUUUAGUUGCUCUACGAUGUGUAGAUCCUGAUGUGAAUCCUAGACUCAAGAUGAGAGAUGUGGUUUGCAUGCUUGAAACCAACAUUCUUCUUUUUGAGCAUUUGUGA